CUUGAAGGUCACAGCACUAUAUAAUGAAGUUGAAAAAAAAGAACUUCAAUAAUUUUCUCAGGCUCUACCUUCUUUCUGCUUGGAUAAGCAUUUUUGAGCAUGAAUUAAGGUGCUUGAUUUCUGUUUCCUCCUGAAGUUUGUUUCUUCACUCUGAUUACCAAGGUUGACGUACUAUAAACAUUGCAAAGUUUCAACUGAGAUUACAAUGUACCGGUGUCUUUCCGGCAGAACGCCGUCGCUUAUUCUGUUUGUUCUGAACGGAUUUUCAAUAGUAACAAUUGUUUCUUAAACCUUAGCUGACGUUUAGUUGUUCGGGGUUGCUUUAAUAUCUCUUGGGAUAGUAUGUGUUGUUGACCAUGGAAACAUGUCUGAAGUUGUUGGAACCUCACUCUAUUCGUCUGGAGUGUACAUAGUCAUCUUCUUAGGACUUGUUAUCACAAUCGUAGCUCUAUGCGGUUACAUUGCAGCUGAUAAAGAAAAUAUCUGCUUGAUUGUGUCAUAUAUAUUCAUUUUAUGCUUGCUCGCAUUACUCUUGUUGAUAUCAGGAAUAAUAGUUUUGUCGUUUAAGAGUUCACUUGGUGAAUCUGCUAGAAGUGUGAUGGUAGCUUCGUUAAGGAAUCACUAUGGACGAUAUGGGAUAAUAACUGAUGCAUGGGACUUAGUACAGAGAAACCUACGUUGCUGUGGAGUGGAUAAUAGGGGGUGGGGCGUGUAUAACGGAUCAUGGUGGGACAUGAUUGUAAACUCGGAUUUAUACGAAACAAACACUAAAUUGUCAGAGUCAAGUUUGUUUUACUUAUAUGUUCCAGAAUCUUGUUGUGUCAAGAGACUUGAUGGAUUGACUGGUUGGCCAACUGAAAUAUACCGUGAUAAGAGACGCUGCCAGACGUGGCAGUAUGGACCACCGAAUAAAAGCAGUGGACCCCACAACGACGCUAUUUACUACGCAGGAUGCUUUGAAAGUUUGAAAAGUUAUAUCGAUAAUUAUGCUAAGGCUGUUGGCGUCUUGGCACUGAUCGCAUGUAUUAUCUUGAUAAGCGCUUUGAUCUGUGCUUUGUUUUUGUUCCGUGAUGCUAAACUCAAUGCUCAGAGAAAACAAGGAAUAAAAAGUUGGAGGAACCAAACACAAAACAAGUAGAUUGAUUAAAUAGUUAACUGGGAUGCAUUGAAGAAAGAGUGAAGCUGUGAUUAUACAUUAAUGGAAAUGAUUUUAAUCGUAUGUAUUUUAUUUUCAUACUAAAAAGUAGUUAAAAUAUAUUUAUUUUCCAAAAACUGCCCUUAUUAUUUGUUAUAUCUUUCAAAAAAUAACCUCUGAAAAUUUGUGAGAACUCGACUUGUUUGACUGAGACCAUAAUACAACACAGGGGAAGCAGAUGAACUUUUGUCUAUUUGACAAAACGGUGGGCUUGUGGAGAUUGUAGAAACUUUACUAGUUGAAUUCAGGGGUCGAUCUAAGCCAGACCACCGUUGAGAACUUGAAAGCAGUGGAAGGCCGUUUUGUCCUGGCAUUGAACUGCUCAGCAGUGCGCAUCCACGACCUUGCAUGAGACUCAAACCCAAAACAUUAAUUCUUGUGCGCGAACGCUUAACCUCUA